UCGCUGCCUGGGCCCAGGGGUGCUGAAGGCCGUGGAUCACAUCAACAAGACCCUGGGCCCAGCUCUGGUGGAGAAGAAACUCAGUGUGGUGGAGCAGGAGAAGAUCGACAAGCUCAUGAUUGAGAUGGACGGCACCGAGAACAAAUCUAAAUUCGGGGCCAAUGCCAUCCUGGGGGUCUCACUGGCCGUCUGCAAGGCCGGGGCAGCUGAGAAGGGGAUCCCCCUGUACCAGCACAUCGCCAACCUGGCUGGCAACACUGAGCUCAUCCUGCCCGUGCCGGCCUUCAACGUGAUCAAUGGGGGCUCUCACGCGGGGAACAAGCUGGCCAUGCAGGAGUUCAUGGUGCUGCCGGUGGGCGCCGCAACGUUCCGCGAGGCCGUGCGCAUCGGCGCCGAGGUCUAUCACAGCCUCAAGGCCGUCAUCAAGGCCAAGUACGGCAAAGACGCCACCAACGUGGGCGACGAGGGCGGCUUUGCCCCAAACAUCCUGGAGAACAAUGAAGCUCUGGAGCUGCUGAAAGCGGCCAUUGGCCAGGCUGGGUACCCAGACAAGGUGGUCAUCGGGAUGGAUGUGGCGGCCUCUGAGUUCUGCCGGGAGGGCAAGUAUGACCUGGACUUCAAGUCACCCCCAGACCCCAAGCGCCUCAUCACUGGGGAGCAGCUGGGGCAGCUCUACAAGAACUUCAUCAAGGACUACCCCGUGGUGUCAAUCGAGGACCCCUUUGACCAGGACGACUGGGAGGGCUGGAAGAGCUUCCUGACACAGGUGGACAUCCAGGUGGUAGGCGAUGACCUGACAGUGACCAACCCCAAGCGCAUCGCGCGGGCGGCCGAGGUGAAGGCGUGUAACUGCCUCCUGCUCAAGGUCAACCAGAUCGGCUCCGUCACCGAGUCCAUCCAGGCGUGCAAACUGGCCCAGAGCCACGGCUGGGGGGUGAUGGUGAGUCACCGCUCGGGCGAGACCGAGGACACCUUCAUCGCUGACCUCGUGGUGGGGCUGUGCACGGGCCAGAUCAAGACGGGAGCUCCCUGUCGCUCCGAGCGCUUGGCCAAAUACAACCAGCUGAUGAGGAUCGAGGAGGCACUGGGGGACAAGGCCAAGUUUGCGGGGCGCAAGUUCAGGAACCCCAAAGCCAAGUAGGAGGGGGAGGAGCAACAAACCCAGCCUGACCCCCCUCCCAGGGGUCGCUCCCCCAACUCCCUCAAUAAACUCUGAAGCACCA